CUCAGCACCACUCUCGCCAUCCAACAACAGGCCUGAUGAUUUCCGUAUCUGCCUUGCCUAACUGCGUUCGCCCGCUGUGCUCUAUUACAAUGCGUACCUCCCCUCUCGCUGUCGUCUGGUCUCUCAAACCUGCAUCCUUCUUAUAUCACCUCGUGGUCUCCCAUGCCUCAACGCCCAUUUACCCACGGAGCCCAUUCUAUGAAUGCCAGCCUAACACCUACAACUUCCUUUCUCCAACACGGUUUUCAUAGCUUCUCUUUAAUCCUUGUUGGUCAUAUCCAUCUUCGAUUGCUGUUGUCACUGCCGCUCUUUGGCUAGCCCUCUGUCCCGAACGUGUUCCCUCGCAGAGACACCUUUGGUUGUUUCUGUCGGCCUGUCCCCCAUUGUGCUACCUGCGCCGCGACAGAUCAGUUCUCGAUCCUCGAUUCUCGAAUCUGGAGUACAGGCAAUCACGUCGUCCUUGCCCUUCCUACCUAUCGAACCCGCUCAACCUCCCAAUACCUUCUCCCUGCCUUGGGUCAACGAACUAUGUUCCUCCAUCCCCGAGGCAAUCGGCCGAGGCCGUCGCAACCACCCACACCUACUCACCCCCAAGGCAACCCUCAUAUCCCGCAAACUGAUGUUCUUAGCGAAUUGACCUGUCAUGAACAAUUCAUCCUCUACUCACAUAUCAUCCUUGCCUUACUCGAAGCCCACGAAGAUGAGUUUUCCGUGCUGAGGAACAUACGUCACGGACCGGCGUUACCCCUGUUCCAAGAAUUCUUUCCGAACCUUUACUCAACCCCUCCGCCGGAGAUUUUUUCUUUGGUUCUUCAGAUCAGAGCGAACAAGAGCUGGGACGCCAUGAAGCAGGAUAUCUUAGUGCAAAUCAGCAAUGCUCGUCCUCCGGCACCUUCGAUGACUCUUCAAACACCGGUGCGGGCAGGCGUUGCUUCCAUACCUAUUUACCCAAGGUCUCAACAUGGGCUAUUUCGCCGGACUGCUGGGCCCCCCGCGAGUCAUCCCGCGUUCGUGUCACAGCAUCCGGGUCGCGCUGCAGGCUCAUCUUGCGCUGCAGGGAGCCCUACCUCUGCUGAGGGCCACCCUUCGACAACAAACUCUGGUCGAACCGCGCCGCGUGGGAAGCGUUUCUGCUGUCCGUCGAGGAAUUGCAAGAGAACCUUCACCCGACAAGGGCACUAUGAGAAUCAUAUGCAAAGAUGCCACGCCGAGAUUCCCGUCCACGACCCUACCGAGUCCCUUCGUACGGUAUCGAGUUCAGGACAACCAAGUGCAGACGGCACGAGUGGACAGGAUGCAGCAAGGACGGCGAGAGGUGCUGCCGCGCCAACAACCCCUCGGCCAGCCGUAGCAAAUCCGAUGCUGCACACAUCUAUUUCGCCCUCUCCCAUGCAGCAGAGAGCCCCCCUGCCUGCCCCGAACGCUGACACUGUCGGGUCAUACACACUUCAGUCCGGUACCAGCCCACAAAUUAUCUUUCCUCAGAUACGGCCGCUCGAACCAGAUACGUUGCUGUCUGGCUUCCCCUUUAAUAUGGAUAGACUCUACCACUACAAUUUUCCCACUUCCGAAAGCCCACUUUUGGAAACACCGCGGAGCCAAGCCAUUUCAAACCUCAACCACUCAUUCUUUUCUCCGGGCUCUCACAUGAGCAAUUAACGCCCUCUGAGCCGUACGAGCGGGACCACCCAGGUACUCACAGCAGAAGACGCACUCACGAAGGGGGCCACCCUGCGACCAUUUGACUGGGUGAGACAUGACUCUCUUGGUUUAACACUUCGUGUUAAAGCCCUGCGGCAUGAAGUCAACGAUGAACCCAUCGUGGAGGUCUACACAGUGGAUUUAUCGCAGCAGCCAGAGAUACCAGCCCCGGUACCAGCACGAGAAGCCAUUGGAUUUUUGCUUUUCUUUCCUUUAGCGGAUUGUGGAAGGACAUGAGAUGACGAGUCAUGAGUUGAUGAGUUAGCUGCACGAGGAUACAGUUCGGCUUUCUACAACAAGAUUUCUUACCUUUGAUUGGGACCAUAUCUUGUCGAUGAUAUCGAAAGAAAGCCACGCGCCUGGAUACCACGAGAGCUGGAUAUAGGCUUUUAUUUAUCGAUGCUAUGGGGGGAUUGAGCUACAAGCUCGGUGUGAUACACCUGGAAUGUUGGACCAUUAUUGGGCUUAUUCCAGUACCUGGUGCCAUGAUGGAGGCCAACUACGUGUUUGAUUCUAUAUAUUAUUUUGCGUGUUUGGAGAUAUCCAUGUACAAUUAGAACGGGAGUUCAUGAGGUGCUAUGUACGAGCUUGGCCGACACCGAUGUUAUCUAGCGGCAGUCAGUACGCAGCACACAACAUACAACAUACAAUUGUUUCCCGGCGUCAAAAGUGACCUCCAGUACAUACCUCAUGGAAGUGGUGUGUGAUAAUGAAGCC